ACAUUUCUCUCCCCCGCGUGGCACACACACAGCAGUAAAUUGGCGGGAAGAAGAUGGCGACGGAUGCUAUGGAUGUCGACGUUGAUCCUGCACAGAAAACUGAAACGACAACAAAAAAACCAGCAAAUGCAGGGAAAUCAUACGAACUUCCUUGGGUUGAAAAGUAUCGCCCGGUAAAAUUGACUGAAAUAGUGGGCAACGAAGAAACGAUAAGCCGUCUUCAGGCCUUUGCAGAAAAUGGCAACGUUCCUAAUGUUAUCAUUGCAGGACCACCAGGGACUGGAAAGACGACUAGCAUUCUCUGCUUAGCCCGAGCAUUGCUUGGUACAUCAUAUAAAGAUGCUGUCUUGGAACUGAACGCUUCAAAUGAUAGAGGGAUUGAUGUGGUACGAAAUAAAAUAAAGAUGUUCGCACAACAGAAAGUGACACUGCCAAAAGGAAGACACAAGAUCAUUAUUUUAGAUGAGGCUGAUAGCAUGACUGACGGUGCACAACAAGCCUUGAGAAGGACAAUGGAGAUCUACUCAAAGACGACAAGAUUUGCACUGGCAUGCAACCAGUCAGACAAAAUUAUUGAGGCCAUACAAUCACGCUGUGCUGUCCUCCGAUACUCAAAAUUAAGCGAUGCUCAAAUCCUUGAGAGAUUACUCGAUGUGUGCGAAAAAGAAAGUGUACCUAGAAAUGAUGCUGGGAUGGAGGCUAUCGUUUUUACGGCCCAGGGGGAUAUGCGACAGGCGUUGAACAAUUUACAGUCAACGUAUGCUGGCUUUGGCUUUGUGAAUAGUGAAAAUGUUUUCAAGGUUUGUGACGAGCCUCAUCCUUUGCUAGUCAAAGAUAUGCUGGCGCAUUGCACGAACGGAGAUAUCGACGAAGCAUACAAGAUUAUGUCCCAUCUCUGGCGCAUGGGAUAUUCAGCAGUUGACAUAAUCACCAACAUCUUCAGAGUGUGCAAAAAUAUGGAAAUGGCGGAAUAUUUGAAAUUAGAAUUUAUAAAAGAAAUUGGUUAUACACAUAUGAGGGUUGCAGAAGGGGUGAAUUCUCUUUUGCAGAUGUCAGGACUUCUUGCAAGGCUUUGCAGCAAAACAGUCCAGUGACAUGUUCAAGUUGGAUUGCUCUAAUGUAUUACUUGAAAUUUUGUCCGUCUCCUAUCCAAUGCAGACAUUCAGUUAUGUUACUCUACAGCCAGGGACCCAAAAUGAAUCUCGUGUAUGCACCUUAUUGUUACAGGGUGUAUGUACGGUCAGAAUUAUUUUGAUUUCUAAACCAUAACUAGUUAACGAUGUUUGUUUAGAACAAGACAGUCUAUCUGUGAGAUACCUUCAGUCUCAAGAUAAUGAACGAUUGCACUUCACUUUUUGUUUUGCAAAGAAGGACAACUUAACCUUGAAUGAAUAAUUAAGAGAAAAAUUUAUCGAGAGCAGUUGUUUGGAAUAAGAAACAAAUGGAAUAACAUCUAAAAGUAGUUUUUAGAUAUUUGUCAA